AUGGCCGACCCACUCUCCAUCGCCGCCUCGGUGGCCGGCCUCCUUGGCGUCGGCGUCAAGCUGGUCGAAAUCAUGUCGCCCAUCGUCAACAACGCGGACGCGCCCCCACUCUGCCGCGCCGUCCUAACCGAGCUCUGCAACAUCCAGGCCAUUCUCCGCCAGUUCAAGGACCUCUUCGGCGAUCACCUUACUAGCGGCGUCGGAGCCGCGCCCCCCGAGCGCCGUGAGCUCGUCCCUUUUGAGCACCUCGCCGCCGCGCUAAUCGGCUGCGUUUUGACCAAGGCCGAACUCGAAACGCUUGUCGAUGACCUGGGCCUCGUCUACAGCGAGAGGGGCGUCUCGGGUAUCUUUGACCGCGCGCGUUGGAUGCGCAAGGAAAAAGCCAUUGCCAGACUGCUAGUUCGUCUGCAGGAUCACAAGGGAUCGCUCAGUUGCAUGCUCAGCGUCAUAACGGCGGGCUCGACUUUAAAGAUCGAAAGCUCCACCGUGGAGAUCAGAAACUCGACAGUGGAGAUCCAAAACAAAGUCGCGCAGCUGUAUACCCUCUUUGAGCGAACCCUCGCCAACCACCCAGAGCUGUCAGUUCAAUUGGCCCGACUCGAGGGGGCCGAGAGCACAGUAGGAAGGCCUGAUACAGAGAUCAACUCAGUGCUGGGGGGCUAUGAUGGGGGCGGCGACGGGGACAGCAUCCGAGCGGCGGGGCAGCUGUCCGCGGACGACCCAGUCGUGCCUGACGCCCACGCCCACGCCCACGCCGCACCCGACUUGGGCUCACAGCUACUAGCUUCGCUGGCUCUCGAGCUUGAAACGGUGCUGCAGGGCUCCAUGGCGUACCGCAGGCAUCUCCUCACAACGUCAGACGCCCACUCGGAAACGUCGGCCACGACCUCGACGCGGCGGAGGGCCGCCGCGUCCAUCUUCUCGGCUCUUAGCCUGGCCGACAUUUCCAACCUGUCUGUGUGCUCGCUGCCAAUCCUCAUCCAAGAGGUUGGCAACAACCACUGGUACAUCCAGGUGGGACCAUCGGUCAACAAAUCCGACAGCAGCGUGGUUAAUAAAUUCUACAACGUGUUCGAGGACGAUUCGUCGUCGGAUACAGAAGACGAUGAUUUUCGCAGGCCGCCGCUGCGUGUCGUGACGCCAAUGAGGGGUACCCGCGCGCGCAUUUGGUUCUACCAUCUGCGAGGCCACCCAGUAACAAGGGGGUAA